AUGACGCAAAUCGGAAUCUUCCCCGCUUCUGGAGCCCUUGGCACCAGCACAUACACGCAUCUUCUCUCCCAAGUCCCAAACGACAAAGUCACGCUCAUCAACCGCUACCCCGAAAAGGUCCCCAAGAAAUACGUGGAGAAUGGAACUACCGUUCGUCAAGCUUCUUACGAGUCUAGCGCCGAAGAGCUCGAGGCUGCUUUUGCAGGGAUUAAUGUUCUCUUUUUGAUCUCAUAUCCUAGCCAUGUUCACGAAUACAGGACCAAGGUGCACACUAAAGCACUUGAUGCAGCGGUUAAAGCAGGUGUAAAGCAUAUUUUCUACUCGUCGCUUGGGUUUGCGUCGAUUGGUGAGAGUACUACGAGGGCUGAAGUCAUGGGUGCUCAUCUUGACAGUGAGGCGUAUUUGCGAAAGAUUGCGAGUGCGAAGGAGGGAUUUACGUGGACGAGUAUCCGCGAGGGUCUAUACAGCGAGUCAUUCCCCAUCUACACUUCUUUUCUCGACCUCAAGAACCCUCCGUCCAAAGUUCUUAUCCCUCACGAUGGAAGUGGACCUGGCGUUAGUUGGGUGAAGAGAGAUGAACUCGGAGAAGCGACCGCACGUCUCAUCGCAUCAUACGCGAAAUCACCACUAUCAUUCAAAUAUACCAACCAGAUCGUCACCUUGACCGGUCCUAAAACGUGGACAUUGUCAGAGACCGUCGAAGUCCUAUCGCGCGCCGCAGGAAAAGACUUUAAGAUCCAAGAAAUCAGCGUAGACGAGUACAUCAACCUCCCUCAGAUGAAACAAUACUUUGGAACAGAGGAGAAAGCGCGGACGUGGGCUACAGCAUGGGACGCCAUCCGCGCCGGAGAAACCGCUGGUGUAACGAACACGAUGAAAGAGAUAUUGGGAAGGGAGCCGGAGGAUUUUGAAAAGACUAUUGAGGAAUUGGUCAAGAAUUAG